AUGGACAAAGGUCAGAAAAUAAAAGACAAACUUGCUGAAGAGAAUGGCCAAGAAGCUGGAAAAUACACUAGGAGGAAGCAGCUCCGCGAUGCGAAGCAGAAACUUGCAUGCAUAAAACAAAUUCCACUUAACAGUGGAAUGCACCUUGAGCUUGUCUCUUCAUUUCUCAAGUUGUGUCAUGUUUUCACACUGGAAGACGACCAAGACUUGGUAGAGCCUCUAGCUAAACCGGAGAGAUUUGUUCGCUACUGGAGAAGGCAAAGAAGACUCACAUAUCAUGUUCCUCUUGUCGCUAGUGAACCAGAAACUUUCGAAGAAAGGGAGGAUCAAGACUCACCUGCACUGAUGGCAGAAAUGAUAGUGAGAGAUGUGGCAAUCCCACAGACCACCAAUGUUAUCUCAAGUAAUACCGAGUGGAACGGAGGAGGAGCUAAACCGGUUGUACAGAAGACUGCUGGAGUGUUGGAAAUGGAUGUAGUGACAGCUCUGACUGCACAGAUUUCAGCAAUGCAAAAAAAGAUGAUUACUCAUUUCAGCAACAUGUCACUAGGACAUCAACAAGCUCAAGUUAAUAUGGUGCAGCAACCACAAGCUUGGUGUGAAGUAUGUGGAUGUGGAGAUCACAAUGCUGAGGUAUGUGGAGCAAACCCAGAAUCUGCUCAUUUUGUAGGUAAUGCCCAGCAAGGAGGAAAUCACCAAAACUAUGAAAAUACUUACAGCCCAAGUUGGCGGAAUCACCCAAACUUUUCAUGGGGUGGUAAUCAAAACCAACACCAAGGACAGAACCAGUACAGGCCACAAGGUAGUGGACAACAUUACAAUCAGCAAAGACAUGGAAACCAGCAAAGCCAUGGAAACCAACAAAGUCAUGGUAAUCAGCAAGCUGCCAAGCAAGGUGAUAUGAGUGUGGAGGACAUGCUGAAACAAAUCAUGGCUGACCAAGCUAAAUUGGCAGCUGAUGUCCGAAAUAAUCAACUGGCGAGUCAGAAUUUGGAGAAGCAAUUUAGGAAGUUUGCUAGUGCCCAAAAUUCUCGACCACAAGGGGGUUUGCUUGGAAAUACUGAUCCAAACCCUAAACAGGCAAAUGUUGUGAGUACUCAUAGUGGUCGUCCAUUGGAGGAGUUAACGCCUAAGGCAAAAGCUGCUGAAGAAAAAGGAAAACAAGUAGAUGAAGCAGAACCAAGUGAGCAAAGGGGUAUUCCUAAGUAUGCCAAAUAUGUGAAACAUGUGGUAGCCAACAAGAGUAGAUUGGCUGAGUAUGCAACAAUAGCACUCACAGAGGAGUGCAGUUCUAGGAUCCAGAAUAGGCACCCAACUAAGUUAAAAUAUCCAGGGAGUUUUACUGUUGAGAUAAAAAUUAGUAAGUGUAUUGAGGCAAGAGUGUUGUGCGAUUUGGGUGCAAGUAUCAACUUGAUGCCUACGUCCAUAUUUCUUAAGUUGGGACUAGGAAGGCCCAAGUCCACAACCAUUAUGUUGCAGUUAGCGGACCAUUCGAUAGAAAGGCCAGAUGACGUUAUUGAGGAUGUCUUGGUCCAAGUGGGAUCUCUGAUAUUCCCCGUAGACUUUGUCAUUUUGGAUUAUGAGCCUGAACCAGAGGUCCUAUUUAUUUUGGGAUGCCCAUUCCUGGCAACCGGAGGUACGUUAAUUGAUGUGGCGGUUGGGAGACUAACAAUGAGGGCUCAUGACAAGGUAGAGGUAUUUGAUGUGUAUAAGGCAAUGAAGUUGCCUGCAAUAUAUGAGGAGCUGUCAGCAAUUACAGUCAUUGACAAGGAAAUGACAGCUUAA